AUGGCGCGGCAAUGGGGGCCCACCAACCCUCGCCCGCCCAUACCGUUUUGGCCUCUCCGACCCAGCCCUGCGUCCGCAACCCCCGCCCGAGAUACCGAUCCCAACAAAGCUGCCGAUAGAAUCAGGUUGAGCCUCGUGUGGGACGCGACGACCCUGAAUGUAUGGCUAGAUCUCAAUGCGCACGGCGAGGCUUUCUACAAGGCCUUCCAACAGCAGGCUACAAAGCAGCGCAAGGACAUACUAGAUCGAGCAACGAUGACGAUAUUGUUGAAGAAAGACAAGAGUAUCCCCGACGAGGAGGCUUACGCACUUUCUCUGGACGAGGAUGACUUGGAAGCGGACUGGGAGACGACUCUGGAAUGGCUCGAUGCGAAUAGGAGAGAUAAGUCGCCGCAUAUUUGCGGGGUGGUGGAGAUGGACGAUGGGUGA